AUGAAGACCUUGGGAUUACUUUUGGCUCUUGUUUGCAUAGUUGGGUUGGUCAAAUCUUGGGAAUGGCCAUGGCAAGAAGGAAAGAGACCUUGGGAGAAGCCGAAGAACCCGAUUCCAAGCCCAAAUCCUCGUGAUAAGUCGUGCCGUCUUAAUCUGGGUCCUGCUUGGGGUGGAAGAUGCUAGGUGACUUUAUAUAUUAUAAAGAAUUAGAGCUUCAUUUUUCAUAUCUGAAAUUUCUUAAAAAAACCUCCAAAAAGUAAUUUUUAUCGCGUCACAAACGAAAUAAUAUACCCGUCAAAAUGGGAAUAGAAAUACAUAAAGCAAUACAUAUGGUGUUGGCCCAAACUGGAAAUAUUUUAAAAGUAAAUAUAAUUGUAUAACUUUUUUUGCAAGUGCAUAAGUGGCCUCAAAAAUUUCACAGGGAUCUCAUUUCCGUUUUUUCUCAGACCCCAUGUUGAAAUUUUGUUCUCACGCAUUUUAUAUUUAAUUCCUUAUCAAGGCAUUUUCGACAUUGCGGUUCAUUAUACAGAGAACCGAAUACAUUCCUGAGUUAAAGCCUUAAGAUCUAGGCAGAAUGCAUAUAUAUAUG